UCAUUGUGGUUGUCCACAAGUCACAACAAGAAAGUCUAAGCAGCAAGAGCCAAUGCUUCAGUGUCUUGGCAGAGUUUCAUUCUGUUCUACCCAAAGGGACCUGAUUAGCAGUCUGGUAGGUGAGCUGAUCACUAUUCAAGAGAACGCUGGAUGAGAUUCUUUCUUUCAAGAAACCCUUUAUUAACUUGUCCCAAGUGAUAUCUACAUAAGGAUUGAAGAGCUAUGAGAUAACCCCUCGUACUGGCAAUUUUUCUGGUUCGGAAAUUAUAAAUAUCAGCUCUGCAGAGCUUCCCAGAAACACAGAAGAAUGGAGCCAAAAACGGCAACUCGUGGUGAAGAUGUGAAAUAUCUUCAUUCAGCCGACAAUAUAAGUGAUGGAAGGCAACAGCAUCCAGAGGAACCUGGGGAAACCAAUCAAGAAGAACAGAAGAAGACUUGGGGGGAAUGGAUUCAGGACAUGAAACAUUUCAUCUGGAAUCCAGAGAAAAAAGAAGUACUGGGAAGAGACAAAAGAAGCUGGGCCCUAAUUUUACUUUUUUAUUCGGUCCUGUACUGUUUUCUUGCCGGGAUGUUUGCUCUCUGUAUGUAUGGCUUGCUAGCCACAAUUAGCCCUUACGUUCCCACUUAUAGAGAGAGAGUUUUUCCCCCAGGUUUAACGAUAAGGCCACAAGCCAAUGCUCUUUAUUUUGCAUUCAAUUCAUCUGAAAGAAGCACAUGGUCAUCAUAUGCAGAAAGUCUAAAUACAUUUCUUGAAGACUAUAAUGAUGAGACCCAAAAAGAAAAGAACCUUGUGUGUACCCCAGGAAAAUACUUCCUCCAGCCAGGGGAAGAUCAUGAAGAAAGGAAAGCCUGCCAGUUCAGUCGUUCACUGUUAAGAAACUGUUCAGGAAUUGAGGACCCGUCCUUUGGUUUUGCACAAGGGAAACCGUGUAUCUUAAUAAAGAUGAACCGGAUUCUUGGGUAUCAGGCUGGUUCUGGAAUCCCUAUUUAUGUGACCUGUGAGGUUCUGAAAGCUGAUAUGAGUUACCUUGGACCAAUCAGCUUCUAUCCAUCAGACAAGUUUGACCUCAUGUAUUACCCUUACUAUGGUAAACUCACCCAUGUAAACUAUACAUCACCUCUAAUAGCCAUGCAAUUUACAGGAGUGAAGAGAAAUGAGGAUGUUAACGUACAGUGCAAGAUAAAUGGCAAAGAUAUUAUCAGUGACCAUGAAAAAGACCGUUUCCUUGGAAGAGUUGCCUUCACUUUGCACAUUGCAUGAUUUUAGUCAUCCCUUAGGGUUUCAUUGGGAGACUUGGUGUUGGCCCCUGACCAAUCGUACUGUAGCUACUUAGCAAGAGUCUGGUUGGUUGGAGGAGUACGACAGAGGCAUUUGUUGGAGGCCCCUGGAUGAAUCUUACCACGGACGCUGCUAUUACAUGAUUCUGUAUUUUUUACUUUGGCUAAAACUGGGGGCCCCCUUCUUCCAUUCUCUCCUUACCCUGCCCCUAACUCUCUGCGUGCCCAGUGUCUCUACUAUGCAGGAUGUUUGGGACAUUCAUGGCACUCAUGAGUGUAACCUCAGUGUGUUGCUAGACCUCCCGUUUUGUUUUACAUGUCAUUAUACCUUCAUUUACCUUUUUGUGAAGUUCUUGGCCAGUGAUAUAAAAAGUUAUCUUCAAAACACAGAACAUCCAAUGGUUGCUUCUUUUACAGAGUGCAUCCCCCGCCACAUGAAGAUGCACAACAACAGUUGUGUAUUUUUCUUUUUAUAUAAGCAGAUAACUGAAUGUGGCACUAUAAUGCCUCUAAUGCAAUAUUCAAACUUAUUCUACCCCAGUUUGUGAAACUGGUCCCACAGCCAACCUUCAAUGCUUUCUGUAUGUACCAGCUACCUACAUCCAACCCAUAUAUGUAUAUAUAUAUGUUGUACCCUCAACCUGCCACCUGCAAAAUAGUGAGGGUAGUAGACAGUAAAGUGCUGGUGGGGGGAGGGCAGAAUGAAUUAACUACAAUAUUUUUUCGAAAUGCAGCUUUUCCUUUUCUUCCUCCUAUUCCUCAGAUGGUGUCACUUUAGGGUGGGAGGUGGGUUGUAGAUAAGGCUUAACAUACAUUUCUUUGAGUUGGUAGCAGAUAGUUGGUCCUUGCAGGUAAAAAUAUGUGUUACAGGGUCAGGCCCAGGCUGGCAAUCUGUGGGUUCUAGCAAAUGCCAGAGGGGCUGCUGUAAGAUGCCAUAGGCACUCACUAUUUAUUGGGCUGGUGGGGGCUGUUUGGGCCUUUGUGUACUUGAAAUGCCAGGGCCUAUUUUGAAUCCCAGUUCAGACCUGAGGUCCAGUGAAUCAGACCAGUACAUGUCCCUACCAGAGAAGGUGGGUUAUGAGUGAUAUUAUGAUGACAACACAAGAAAAUGUUACUGUGAGAGCCGUGCAAAUCUUAUACAGAAUAUGUGUAAAUGACAUUGCUUCAUAAUUUGCCACAAUGCAGCUCACUCCAUUGUGUCUUGUAAUGUUGUUGUUGCCAUGUUCAUCUUUACAGGCAAACGGCUGUGUCAGCCCUCAAUCUGUGCCAUGCCAAGGCAAAAAGGCACCCAAUGCAAGCCGCCCACAAUUGCAGGGUGGAGGUGGCGGUGAGUGUCAAGAACCACUGACCAUCACGUCAAAUGCCGGCAUCUGAUGAUUCCCAAGGAUUGUGCACAAUUGCACUCUCUGCACUGGAAGAGUUGAAAUUCCAAUUUAAAAAUCAGAUUUUCAGCCCUCUGUUACCAUGAGAGGAUUUGUUUUAACCCUCUGUGCACUGCUGUUUGAGGCAGGAAUCUCAUGGCAGCAACGCUACUGAUUACAGAAGCAGUACAGUCUAAUAGGACACAACAUGUUGCACAAACCAGCUGUGAAUAAGGAUUACCUGCACUCCAUCUUCUCUUUGGAACUCUCAGUGGUGCUCCUGUUCCCCAGAUGCCCGGCUAGCCAUCCCUACAAAGCAAGGCACUAGAAGCUGGAACAGCACUUAGCAGCCUGUACAGAUGCAGGCUUUGUGUUGGAGUCAGAUUUAAAAAAAUACUUUUUUACCUGUCCAUUAUAAAAAACAACUUCACUCCUGCAUGUUAGAGACAGAUGCUGAGAGGGGCAUAGUGCCGAGUAAUUUGAUAAUAUUACAAACAGCAGAAAUGUUUAACUGAUCAUAUUUCAAAAGUUUCUUAAUUGCAUGAGAUGAAGAUUAUGUCAAUUUUUUGUUUUCAGUAUAGUUCCCCUUUAAAAGAAGUGUGAACCCUUAAAACAAAUCAGUGUCAAAUGAAUCACAGUCUUCUUCUGGGCACUUUUGCAAUUGAUGUUUUUUUCUCGUUCAUACACUGCUUAUGUUAAGAAUUUUACACUGUAUUGGCAGCUGCUGUUCAUUUUAGGCAACUGGACGCAGUCAACAGAAAAUUAUGUUAGUGAGUAAAGAAAAGUCCGGUGAUUUUGCACUGAUCAGAGAAUGGCGUUGGUGGGCAGAAAUGAGUCGAUGAAUGUUUCCCUGGUCAGUUCUAAGCAAAGUACCAUCAAAAGUCUUUCCUGUUCUCAACUAUAUAAAUUUCCAAACAAAAUGACCAGUAGGUGGUGCUGUUAAAGUCCUGUGAAUUUCCUGCAGCUGCAUGUAAAACCCCAUUCAUUAAAGGUAUUUGCUUCAA